AUGCAAUGGCUGCAAGAAGACCUGCCUUGGGUUAAGGGAGAAAUGGGUAUUCUCUGGAGUCAGCUGACCCAAGCUCURACUUGCAGACACUGUGGCAGCAGCUGCUUUCAGAGUCCAGGGAAUCUGGUGAUACUAUGCUUGUUCAUGGUCUGGCAGUUCCGGAGAUGGUGGUACCUUGGGAGCUGGCAACAGCUUCAGCCCUGGUGCUCUGGGGACAUUAUGCAAGGCAAGGGCCUACCCCUUCUGGACUUCUUUGGCUCAUGGAGGCAAAAAUCAGAGGAGGAAGAGGAAGAAGAGGGGGAAGAAAUGGAAGAAGGAAAAAAGGAAGAAAAGUCAUCAUCUAUGAAUUCGUUGAAAUCACAUUCUACCAAAGAUGAUCCCAUUGGAGAGCAAGGCAGCCAAGCUCCACCCAAGCCACCCUAUUGUUCCAAGAGCCUCCCCAAGGCCACAGGGACACCAGAACAAAUACUCACAUCACCCACAAACCCCUUCAGAUCCUUCCCUACCUUCCAGAUCCUGACCAACCUGCCUGUGAAGAACAAGACAACAUUGGGGGGCUGCCUGCAGCAGAGAAAAAGCCAGCUAUUCUGGGGUCUCCCUGCUCUGCACAGUGAGUCCUUGGACACCAUCUUCCUGAGCCCAGAUGGCCCCUCCUCCCUGAAGCUAUCUGUUUGUCCUUCUAUUUUCUUCAACAAGCUUGCCUUCCUGUCUAGGUAUAACUUGCUGCUUCCCCAUUAUCUUUCCCCAACCCAGCUUCUUACUCAUGAAGCUCAUACAACAGAAUAUUUGGAAAGAAUGACCUCUAAUCCUCAGUUAGUUCCAUCUCCAUCCUCCCCUCCUGUCCCAUCAUCAUCCCUCCACCUUAAGCCCUUGCCUAUGAAUCACAAGCAAGUCUUAUCUGGUGCUAAGGCAYGCACACAGUCUCAAGGAACUAGCCCUCCAGGAGUUGCACCUCAAUAUGAAGCUCAGUGGGGAACCACAGGCCAUAAAGACAGCCCCCAAGUUUCUGAACCCCCAAGACCAGCCUCCUGUCAACCCCCCGUUUCUCUGUCAAAACCCCAAAAAGUAAGCCCUAAACGAGGACUAUCUAGGCCUAAGGACUUCUGGGGAACCAUGGGAUACAGAGAGAAUCCUCAAGUCACUAAAUCUCCAAUGCCAGCCCCUUGCCCUCCCCUAGACUCCCUGUCACAACUCGAUAAAAACAGUGUCCUAGAAGACCUAUCUGGAUAUGAGCCACAGUUGAGAUGCACAGAAAACUCAGGAAAUCCCUGGGCCUUUGAACCUCCAUGUGUGGACCUCCAGCCAAGACUCUCUGAAAGCAGUUCUGCAUAUGUCCCCUCAGGACAUAAGACUCCAUUGAGGGGCAUGCAGAGUAGAGAAGAUUUUGGGGUUUCUGCAGACCCAGUUUCAUCUCCCAGGCUUCCCUCAGCCUCUCUGAUGGAAUCUUUAGUAAUGAGCUUCCAGGAAGUCCUGUUGGAGUCCAAAGCUUUGCAGGAGACCAAGGGGCAAAGAGAGAAUCUCUGGGUGUCUGAUACCCUAGACCCUACCCAUACAACAUCUCCAACCCCCUUUAUAGAACUAUACAAAAUCAAUACUGUGAAUGGCCUCCCUAGAUCAGAAGCUACAUGGAAGGACAUGGAGCAUUCCAGAAAUUCCUGGGAUUCUGAGCCCCCAUCUCUUGCCUCUGGCCCACUCUCAACUCUUGUACUAAAGCCCCUCAGAGAUAGCUCCGUGGAAAUCCUAUUUGGUUCUGAAGUUAGAUGUGGGGACACACAAAGAAAAAAUAACUCUUGGGCCUCUGAGCUUCCAGCUCGUAGCAUACCCCAAGAUCUGCAUGGAGCCAGUCCCCUAGGAGUUCUGUCUGACUCUGAACCUAUUAGGGAGAACAUGGAGCAGAAAGAAAACUGUUAUGUUUCUGUAGUUUGGGGCCCCAACCUACCCACAAACUCUCUUUCCAAGUCCCCAAAAAAUGAGCCUUUUGGAGACCAAAGCAAAUAUAAGCUUGUGAGGGAAGAAGUGAAAGAGAGAGAGAACUGUGGGGUCACUCAGCUCCCAGCCCUCAGCUCUCUCUCUGCUCCUCUACAAGAACCACAUACUGACCUUGAAUUUAUGUGCAGAAAUGUGCAACCGAGGGAGGCUCCCCAGGGUCCCAGCCCACCAGUAGUGGAUCCCCUGCAUCCAAUAACCUGGCCUCCCAACCUAGCUGAAGCUCAAAAGAUUGAGCCCACCCAGCCUAGCCUACAGAAAGGAGAGAUGUUCUCAGGAGCUAAGGCAGAGGCCCCAUCCUCCCAAGAUAAGGCUAUCCCAGAAAUGCUCACCGACCCUGGGAUCCAUGCCUGGCAAUGGAGUAGAGAGUUAGAACUCAAGCUGAAGAAACUCCAGCAGAGCCCAUCUUUCAGUUCCCCUGUCCUGAGUUCCAUAACUCUAGACUCCUGGGGACUCUCUUCCUGCCCACCACAGCAAACUAAUUCCCCAAAUCUACACCCCCUCUUUUUAAGUUGUAAUCCCCCUAAAGUUCAGAGCACACUGUCUCAGUCUGUCCAGCCCUCCCACUGUCACCACACCCACUCCUCUUUCCUGCCUCAACCAGGAAAGAAAACUUCUGGCAGAGUAGAAAAGUCUCAGAAAAAGGAGAGAAUAAAAGAUAAGAUGGUAGCCCAAGUCUCACCCCAGRGGCCACAUAGUCAAAUGCAGGCUGGUGAGAACUGUCUAGGUGUGGGAAAGCUAUCAAACCCUGGGGUUCUAGCCUCAGGCAAAAGACAAGCCAAAAAGAAAGAGAGUCUCAGAAAAUUCAAAUCAGGAGAAUGUGAAAGAGGGAAUGCAAGACUGGGUUCAUCCACACUCACAGAGAAGAGCCACCCUGCCCAGGCCUGCAGAYUAGCAGAGGCCCUUAUAAGCAGAUUUCCCCAAAGGUCUCAGAGCAGCGGCCAGAGCUCUCAAUUCACUGCUCUCCCUCACCAGCUUCUGCCCAAGGCUACAGGUCCCCAGAAUCAGCGAAGUUCAGGGCGAAUAGCUGGUGACAUUCAGAACCCUCGUCACUGUGAACACUGUCCUUGGGUGCACAUGGAGAAGAAUCUUCCAUCCCCCACACCCCAGGUUCCCCAAACCAGGGGUCUUCUAAGAGUCUUAGACAAAUUUCUGGGUAUCCAUGGAACCCUGCCCACUAAAUCCUGUCAAUAG